AUGGUUUGGGUACAUUUCCCUGGUUUAAGUUUGGAGUAUUGGGAUGAGAAAACCCUGUUCACAAUUAGCAGAGCAAUUGGGAAUCCAGUCAAAGUUGAUGCAACUGCCUUAAAUUACCAGAGUGGCUUCUAUGCUAAAGUUCUUAUUGAAGUGGAUAUAGCAAAACAAAUUCCUAAUAAGCUGUGGAUUAUUACCAGAUAUAGAGCCUUUUCUCAGGGAAUAAUUCUCACUAACUUACCAAAAUUUUUUAGUAAGUGUAAGAUUGUUGGACAUCUACCAUCUGAAUGCAGAUUCAAUAGACAAGCUUCUUCUGGAGAUAAUGCUCACACCCCUCCACAGCAACAACAAAAGAUUAAUGAUAAGCACGCAAAUGCGACACAAUUGUUUCCGAACCUACCAAUUAAUGGAAAUGUUUCUCCCAAGUCUUUGAACAUUAUAACUCCCACUACUUCAGCUUCAAGUUUUAAAAAUCCUGAGAUACCACAACCUUCAUUACCAUCUGAUUUAACCACCUCAGGGGAUCCUCCAACAAUUUUGGUUGAGACAGUACUUGUAGAACCUUCUUCCUUGGAGUUUUUGGUUACUUCUCAAAAGGAAGUUAGUACUUCAAGUUUAUUGGAAUUUGGUAUUGUUUCUCAGCAUGUUACUAUUGUACCUAAUAUUGCAAGCUCUACUGAAAUUGAUGAAACUAAUAAGGUGAUUGGAGUUUCUAAGAAAAAACCUCAUAUAAAACCUACAAAACCUAUUGCCACUAGGAAAAGCAGUAGAGAAGUUCUUGAACAUGUGGUUCAAAAAGGGGGUAUCUCUCCUCCUCCUAUUCCUCCACCUUUUAAAUUAAGUCCUCCUUCUGUUGUAACUUCUUCAAGUCAAUGUGUUACUGUGGAAAUUGGUGGUGUGUUGGUUACUGGUGUCCAUGCUAAUUCUUACACUGUUAAUAGAAGGAAAUUACGGCAAAACUUAUUUGGUAUUAGUUUAUUAAAUAAACCAUGGCUUCUUAUGGGUGAUUUCAACUAUGUUCUAUCUGUGGAUGAGAAGAAAGGUGGUAGAAGUCCUUUUUAUUCAGCAAGCUGGGGGAUUUAUGAUCAUGGUUAUCUCAUUGGGUAUGAUACUAUCAUUCCUAGAGAUGCUAAUAUUCCUUUUAGAUUCCAGAAAAUGUGGUUUUCCCAUCCAUCUUUUAUGCAAGUUGUUUUUAAUUCUUGGAAUGAAGAGUUAGUUGGAAAUCCCAUCUUUAUUUUCAUGAAUAAACUUAAAAGACUUAAAAAGAUUUUGAAGAUUUGGAACUGGGAGGUGUUUGGUGAUGUUAAAGUUAACCUUUCAAUGGCUGAGGACAAAGUUAUGGCAGCUAAUGCGGAAUCUGAUAAUGAUCCUUCUAAUGCUGCUCUCUUAAACAAACUUGUUACUGCUAUAGGGGAAUAUGAUAUUGCAGCUAAUAAUUACCAUACUUUUCUAAGAGAUAAAGCCAGAGAAAAUUGGAUUAGAGAUCGGGACAUCAAUUAUAAUUCCUUUCAUACUAGUAUUAAAUUGAGACAACAACAAAAUUCCAUUGCUGAAAUUGAAGAUAGUUCUAGUAACAUCAUUACUGAUCAACAAGGUAUAGCUAAUGUUUUAAUUGAUUAUUUCAGUAAAAAAUUUGAGUAUCAAAAUGUUCAAAUUAAUGAUUCUAUCUUUGAUGGUGUUCCUUAUAUUAUUACUGAAGAUGACAAUCUCUUUUUAGAAGGCAUUCCUGAUGCAGAUGAAAUUAAAAGAGCAGUUUUUGUUCUUAAUCAAGAUGGUGCACCAGGUCCAGAUGGAUUUACUGGGUUUUUUUACAAAGCAUCUUGGGACAUUAUUAACAAUAAUCUGGUGGAUGCUAUCCAAUUUUGUUGGCAGAACAUCAUGAUUCCUAGUGGUAUGAACUCUAAUUUCCUAGUUCUGAUUCUUAAAAUUAAAGGUGCAAAAAACGCUAAAUGUUUUAGGCCUAUAGGUUUGAGUAAUUUCUUCUUUUAA